AUGCCUUCGGAAAACAUGAUAGUUGAAGCUAUUGCAAGCCUGACGCUCGGAAUGAUUGAGGACUAUUUCACUGUAUCGGCUCAAACUCUAUGGGUAUUUGAUUAUAUCCAGACGCUUCCGAUGGAGAUGCAGGUUAUUUGGUGUAGACAGCUUAGUGGAGUUUCGAUACUGUAUCUCAUCAACCGCUACAUAAUGAUGAGUUCAAUCGCCGCAUACCUAUUCAUCGCAACACCUGGACCCUCUCGCGACAAAAUCUGCGAUGUUUUUGCACACAUUCACUAUAUUUGUGGGGCUACUACUGUAAUUGCGACCAGCGCACUGUUCACGAUGAGGAUAUUCGCUCUACACUCUCGUAAAAUUUGGAUUAUAUUUAUGGCGAUGGUUCUCGUAUCGGGGCGCGUUGCAGUGGAUUACUGGACCAGUAAAGAGCUUUAUGGAACGCGUCAAGCACCGUUCGAGACAUGGUAUGUGAGGUGCAGGACUGAGAAUCACAGCGAUAUCAUCGUAUUCAGAUUGCAACUGGCAACGACAGCGUUGGCGUUGGCAUUUGAUCUUUUUGUCUUCGCCAUGACACUCAGUAAAGCCUAUUUUCACGUUCGGGAGAUGCGGCGCUUUGGGAAAACUAGCAUCUUAGAACUUAUUCUCCGUGACGGAGGUUUGUAUUUCGGACUGGUCUCCGUAAUCUUGAUUCCUGAUAUCACACUGCAUAUUUUGGCUCUUUGUGGUUAUUCAAAUGAAAAUUUGAGCACUAUCAACAAUAUCUUCAGCACGUAUAACGAGUAUAUUCCAAAUAUUGUCAUCAGCCGCCUAGUUUUGAAUCUCAAAACGUAUGAUGACAAACGACUCACCAACCUGACCCAUGGACCGAGUCGCGUCUCACUCCAAUCAAUCACUUUCGCACGUCGUAGUCAGAGCUGGUUUAUGGGGAACAUAGGCCAACCGUUGGACCAUGAACAAUGGACCUGUAACGAUGAAAUGGAGUCUCGUGAGGAUGUUCUUGACAUUAUUCCAGAGAAUGAAAGAUGA